CCGACAUACUCCGGCGACUUAACCAUGGCCGCAAACUCAGUCCGAGUUGCCGUUGCGCAGAUGACUUCCAUUAACGAUCUUUCCGCCAAUUUCGCCACCUGCUCUCGUCUUGUUAAGAACUGUAAGGUUCAGAUUUGGGAUUUGAAGAUUUUUUCGGAACUCAUCAUUUACCGAUUACUUACCUUAGCUAUGGAAUUCUAACUCCGAAUGCCAUUAUCAACCUAGUUUAACACCAACCAAGGGAUCUCGGUAUUUGCCACCAAGAGAAUAUUAAAACUCAAAUCAGCAUUAGAUCCACACCUAGAAUUAAACACCAAACCCUUUAUUCGUGGUCUUUAACCAAGACAAGACACCAACCAUUUGUCCUGCCACAACUACCGCAACAAUGUCAAAUCGCCACCCAGAAUCUAACAAGGCACGCCAGCGGCAAGCCCUUCAUUGCUGCAGUGAUCUCCGGCAAAAAACCAUCGGAUGAGGACUUCGAAAAAGGGGAUAUGGCUGCAAGGUCCGAAGAACGAACCCUAACUAUGGAGAAUGGGAGAGCCUAGAUCAUCAAUUACGAAGAGGGAGUAAGACUAAACUUUAGGAGAAGGGAGGAUGAACCACAAAUACUCCGGUCUGACAAUGGGUGCGAAUAUGUCAACUUGAACAUGAAACAAUUUAUUUCACCUUUUGUUUUAAUACAUUCUUAUGUUUUGGGUCUUGCUUCCGAAUGUGAUACACAUGGUUUCUCAUAUUUUGUCUUGUUUGUGGAUGAUUGUAUUCGGAUGAGUUGGGUCUAUUUUUUGAAACAUAAGUCUAAAGUCUUUGAUGUGUUUGUCAAAUUUUAUCAUAUGAUUCUCACUCAAUUUCAAACUCAACCACAAAUACUCCGGUCUGACAAUUGGGGCGAAUAUAUUAACUUGAACUUGAAAAAAUUUAUUUCCGACCAUGGCUUAGUUCACCAAAUCACCUACCCAGAUACAAAAGGGGCUGCUGAACCGAAAAAUCGUAUCCUUCUAGAAAAUACCUGAGCUGUUCUGUUUGAAUCAUAUGUUCCCUCUUAUUUUUGGCCAGAAACCACUGCUACUGCCACUUACUUAACCAAUCGCCUUCCCACAAAAACUCCGAACUUUCAACCCCCUAUAAAUUUUCUCCAAACUCAUACUCCUAUUCCUUCUUCCCACUCUUUACCCCUCUGUGUUUUUGGUUGUGUUGUCUAUGUUUAUCUCCCCAAGCGGGAUAGGAAAAAAAUUGAACCUUGGGCUAUUAAAUGUGUCUUUGUGGGGUAUGGGGUCACUCAAAAAGAGUAUCAGUGUUUUGACCUAGUCAAUAAUAAGUUGUGUACCACAAUUGAUUAUGAAUUCUUUUAAGAGUUCUAAUAUUUUUCUCAACUUGGUCCUCAAGUGGAGAGUGUUGGUGAUGACCUAAGUUGGUUGACAUAUCCAUUAAGCAUGGCUAUCCAAAGCAAGUAGGUAACACCGCCGACACUGCCACUGACCACAUAGUAUCUCUAUCUCAGCUCACUCCUGUCCUAUCUGAUGAGCAUCCUAAUGAGUCAGAGGUACCACUUGAACCUAAAUUGUUUGUAGAUGAUAUGCCUUGUAUGGUGCCAACUGAUGAGAUAUUGUCGAUGUGUUAUUGUUUGAUGAUGUUCUUAAUAAUAUGCUCAAUGUUGAGAUAUCUAGCUGGUAUGAGUUACCUCAAAGAAGCACACAAGGUGCUCCACCAAAGAGAUAUAAUCCAGAAUAUGAAGCAUAACGAUCCAGGUAUCCCAUCAACCACAGGGUAGUGAUGAAUCAUUUUCCGAGGUAGUCAUGCCCUUCAACACCUCACUCUAUUCUAUUACCUUACCUAAAAAUGUUGAAGAGGGACUUCAGGAUCCCAAACGGAAGAAAGCAAUGGAGGAAGAAACGUCAGCCUCAAGAAAAAUGAAAUAUGGGAGAAAUGUCACUUACCAAAAGGUAAAAAGACCGUAGGAUGCAGAUGGAUGUUCUCAAUCAAGUAUAAUGCAAAUGGAUCCAUUGAGCGUUACAAGGCUCGUCUUGUAGCCAAAGGCUACACACAGACCUAUGAGUAGAUUACUCCAAAACCUUCUCUCCAGUUACUAAAAUUGAGUGUUAUAAGGCUCGUCUUAUAGCAAAAUGUUCUCAAUUGCUGCAAAUAAGGACUGGCCUCUCCAUUAUUUUGAUGUCAAAAAUGUCAGUCUGCAUGGUGAAAUCGGGGAAGAAGUGUUAAUGAAAGCUCCUCCUAGCUUCUCAAAGGACUACAAUCCAGGAGAAGGCUGCAGGCAUAGGAAGGCUUUAUACGGGUUGAAACAAUCUCUGAGGGCAUGGUUUGGGAGGUUCACUGCAGCUAUGAAGAAGUUCGACUAUGAGCAAAGUAAUUCUGAUCACACUUUAUUCCUGAAGAAGAAAAAGGAUCGAAUCACAUGUUUGAUAAUCUGUGUUGAUGAUAUCGUUAUCACCGGGAAUGAUGCAUAGGAGAUUCGUGAUUUGAAGCAGAAGUUAUCCAUGGAGUUUGAUACGAAAGAUUUGGAUAACCCAAAAUACGUUCUUGGCAUUAAAGUUCUAAGAUUGAGAAAGGGAAUUUUCAUUAGUAAACCAGUAGAAACUUCUAUCAUGACUAAUCAUUGGCUCUAGAUGAUUGAGGGGGCAAAACUAGCAGACAAGGAUCGCUACCAAAGAAUGGAAGCAGCAGCUGCUGGAGCCAAAUUGCUUUGCUUUCCAGAGUGUUUUUCAUAUGUAGGUGCUAAUCUUGGGGACAGUGUUAAGGUUGGGGAACCAUUAGAUGGACCAAUAAUGCAAAGUUAUUGCAGUCUUGCCAGAGAGUCUCAAAUAUGGCUGUCUCUUGGAGGGUUUCAUGAAAAAGGUUCUGAUGAUUCUCAUCUGUGUAAUACCCAUGUGAUAGUUGAUGAUACUGGAAUCAUCAGAAACAAGUAUCGCAAAAUACACUUGUUUGAUGUGGACGUUCCUGGUGGAAUGAUGUAUAAGGAAAGCAGCUUUACAGAAGCAGGCAAGGAUGUUGUGGCUGUAGACAGUCCCUGUGGACGCUUGGGCCUCACUGUUUGCUAUGAUUUGCGAUUUCCUGAGAUAUAUCAGUGUUUACGGUUCCAACAUCAAGCACAAGUGCUAUUGGUGCCUUCCGCGUUCACAAAAAUAACGGGUCAAGCCCAUUGGGAGAUACUUCUUCGUGCUCGUGCCAUUGAAACUCAAUGCUAUGUUAUUGCUGCAGCGCAAGCUGGGAAGCAUAACGAGAAAAGAGAGAGCUAUGGAGACUCUCUAAUUAUUGAUCCCUGGGGAACAGUAGUCGGGCGGCUUCCUGAUAAACAUUCAACAGGAAUUGCCGUUGCAGAUAUUGACUUUUCAUAUAUUGAUUCUGUGAGGAUGAAGAUGCCCAUAGACAAGCAACGGAAGCCUUUUGAUUUUUGGAAAUCUUCUUCUUUGUGAGGUCUAUUACAUCUGUAUAGAUGCUUUUAUGCUUCAUUUCGAGCUAGCGACUAAAUAGUGGAUCGUGUCUCGUUUUCGUUUGCUGCAAUCAAAUAGUUGGUGACCAUAACAGCGGAUUCUAGGAGCUUCUCAAUAGCUGUUGUCAAUAUCCAUUGCAAUUGUCCCCCUGAUAGAUGUAUCAAUGCCAGAAAUACGCACAUAACUAUGCUUUGUUAUAAUAGACUAUAAAAAGUUGCUUGUUAGUCA